AUGCGGUUUGAUGAAAUUGUGGGAGGCAUGGAUCAGCUGCCCAGAGUCAUUUACAGUACAAUCCCAGGACUGGUUCAUUUCAAUGCCAGAGUCAUCAGGAUAGAGCAGAACGCCCACAGAGUCAAUGUGAUUUAUCGGACCCCAGGGAAAACGGUAUCAAGUGUGAUGGCCGAUUAUGCCAUUGUCACCUCCACAACCAGGGCCACGCGACGCAUCUAUUUUGAUCCACCUCUUUCGCCUAACAAAACAAACGCCCUGAGGUCCACCUACUACAGGAGUGCCACCAAAAUCUUCCUUGCUUGCAGACAGAAGUUCUGGGAACGGGAUGGUAUUUAUGGUGGGAAAUCCACAACGGAUCGCCCAUCCCGAUUCAUCUACUACCUUGCCCAAAACUUUACAGGCGGCGUUGGUGUUAUCUUGGCUUCCUACGUCCAAGGGGAUGACUCUCGUUUCUUCCUGGCUCUCAGUGAUGAGAAUGUCGUGAAUAUCAUAAUGGAUGACCUGGCAGCCGUCCACCAGAUGCCCAAAUGGGAGAUCCGGAAUCUCUGUCCCUCUGCAGUCGUAAAGCAAUGGAGCCUGGAUCAGUACUCUAUGUGUGCCUAUACUACCUUCACCCCUUACCAGUUUAUAGAUUAUAGUGAGACUCUUGGGAUGCCAGAGGGCAGAAUCCAUUUUGCUGGGGAAUAUACUGCCAAGCUUCAUGGCUAG